UAUGUAAGAUUGGCUCAUGAUACACGACCAGAACCGAUCGUACAACUAUUAUGUCGGGAAUGGAAUUUAGGAUUGCCCAAAUUAUUAAUUACUGUCCAUGGUGGUCGAUCAAAUUUCGAGCUUCAACCAAGUCUGAAAAAAGUUUUGCGUAAAGGCUUAUUAAAAGCUGCUAAAACAACAGGAGCAUGGAUAUUUACAGGGGGGACAAACACAGGUGUAACACGACAGGUCGGAGACGCAUUGUUGUUGGAACGCUCUCAACGACAAGGUCGUGUAGUAAGUAUAGGUAUUGCCCCUUGGGGAAUUUUGGAUAAAAGUCACGAAUUAGUUGGCUGCGGUGGAGAAGUAUCAUACGAUUGCGUCUCCUCACCAUGGACUAAGUAUACAGUGUUAAACAAUCGUCACGCUUACUUUUUAUUAGUAGACAAUGGUACUGGCGGUCGGUAUGGUGCAGAGAUUGUUCUCCGUAGAAGAUUAGAAAAAUACAUCUCAAAUUUAAAAUUGCAACCAUAUACACACAGUAGCAUACCGGUAGUCGCAUUAGUUAUCGAAGGUGGAACGAAUACAAUUCGCGCAGUUUUAGAGUACGUGACGGAUGAUCCACCUGUGCCUGUAGUAGUUUGUGAUGGUUCGGGACGUGCAGCUGAUCUGAUCGCUUUUAUGCACAAAUGGAGAGACGGACAGACUGGUGACGGAGAAGGACCUUUGGAAGGUGUUAAGGAGCAAGUUUUGGAAACUAUUAAACGCACCUUUCAAGUUUCCGCCGAGCAAGCGAGUCAGCUCUGUUCAGAACUCUUGCAGUGUACACGAAAAAAACAUUUGAUCACUGUGUUCAGAAUAUCGCAAGAUAGAUCGCAAGAGCUCGAUCAAACGAUAUUGACAGCCCUGUUUAAAUCGAAACAAUUAUCCCCGGCUGAGCAGUUGUCUCUUUCUUUAAUAUGGAACCGCGUGGACAUCGCCCGAAGUGAAAUCUUUGUCUACGGUCAAAAAUGGCCACCUGGCGCUUUAGAACAAGCUAUGAUGGAAGCACUUCAGCACGACAGAAUAGACUUUGUGAAACUUCUACUGGAAAAUGGAGUAUCCAUGCGGAAGUUUUUAUCGAUACCUCGUCUUGAAGAGCUAUAUAAUACGAAAGAAGGCCCAUCGAACACAUUGGGCUACAUCUUGCGCGAUGUACGGCCGAAUAUUCCACGGGGUUACAUGUAUACGUUGCACGACAUCGGCCUUGUGAUUAACAAGCUAAUGGGCGGUGCGUAUCGCGCGCAAUAUACGCGGCGAAGAUUUCGCAUGAUCUAUACGAAGGUGAUGAAGAGAUCAGGUGGUCAUCAGCAACAUAUGCAUCGAAACAGCUGCGCUCCGAACUGCAAUACGCGCUAUUACACAGGCUCCGGCGGAAAGUCUGACAGUCUGACUAUGAGUCUGCUCGCCGAGACGUUACCGGCUAAUCGCGAUACUCCUCUCUUCGAUUAUCCUUUUAAUGAGCUGCUUAUCUGGGCCGUGCUAACAAAACGCCAGCAAAUGGCUUUGUUGAUGUGGCAACACGGAGAAGAGGCGUUAGCAAAGGCUCUCGUCGCGCUAAAAUUGUACAAGGCGAUGGCGCAUGAGGCGGCCGAGGACGAUCUGGAAACGGAGGUUUACGACGAAUUACGCGGUUACGGCAAGGAGUUUGAAAACAUCGCGCUUGAAUUAUUGGACUACUGCUAUCGACAAGACGAUGAUCAAACACAGCAACUAUUAACUUCAGAACUUCAAAAUUGGUCGGGACAGACAUGCUUGUCACUCGCAGUUACAGCGAAUCACCGGCCGCUAUUGGCUCAUCCUUGUAGUCAAAUUAUUUUGGCCGAUUUAUGGAUGGGUGGCCUUCGAACACGUAAAAAUACUAAUUUAAAGGUGAUUUUGGGGUUGUUUUGCCCUUUAUAUAUAACGCGAUUGGAAUUCAAAAGCAGAGAAGAAUUACAACUAAUGCCCCAAACGCAGGAAGAGCAUCUGAUUGCUUUGGAAGAUGAGAAGGAAGAUAGCGAUUCUGAACACAGUGUUCCAACAGGACCAGAUGUCGAGAAACGUCUGCGCAGGAGCCUGAGCAUACGCAACAAAUCCAGCAGCCAACAAGGCGUUAAGGUAUAUCUAUAUUGACCUGAACGCAGCGAUCCUCUAACAAUAAUCACAAUCUUUGGUGCACUUUGAAGCUACUGUUUAUUUAUCUGUUUUUAGUUCUUAUCAGGGCACGUAUUAUGGAAUUUUUCGGAAUGGAUUUUGAUCGUAAUUAUUUCGUAGAAAACAUAAUAGAAAUCUAGGAAAUAACUAAACAAUUAAUAUUCAAAUGUCAAAUAAGGAGUUCUGAGAGCCAACGCAAGAUUUUAGUGCUUUCUCUUAUCUCUAUUUCUUCGUCUUAAACAUUACAAAUGUUUAGAUCCUAACAUUGGAUCAUCUUCAGUGUUACAGCAAGUCAGCAUUCCCCGUUAAUUUCCAUCCAUAUUAUUGUCAGUAUUGAUUUGAUGUAUUCCGUAUUUCAACUCAUGUCGUCUAGUGUCGCCAUAAUAAUUUAAGAUGUUUUUUGUAUUAUAACUCGUGUUACAACGUCGUCCAAAAUUCAUGAGUUGGUUGAUACGAUAUUGAUACGAUCCGGAGGCACAAUAAUUGUGACAAUAAUGUGGAAAUUAACGGGGAAUGCUGACUUGCUGUAACACUGAAGAUGCUCUAAUAUUAGGAUCGAAAUGUUUGUAAUGUUUAAGACAAAGAAAUAGAGAUAAGAAAAAGCACUAAAAUCUUGCGUUGGCUCUCAGAGAGCUUUUUAUUUGACAUUUGAAUUUUAAUCUUCUGAGCCAUUAUAUAUUCGGUUUGUUUUUAAACAAUUAAUUCCGAUCGGAAUCUAUUCCAAAAAGUUCCAUAAUACAUACCCAAUCGUAUUUCACAAUCGCAGUAGUUGUUUCUCAUGUACAUCCAACAUUACAAUAGUGAAAUGUAUUUCUUGAAGACAUUUUUUAGUUUAUUAUAAUUAUUAUUGUAAUGCAUUACACAUGAUGAAUUGAUCAAACAGUUGAUUAAACAUAUGAGUUAAACGUGUGAAUUACCUUAAUACUAAAAAAAA